AUGGACAUAAACAGACAGAACAACAUACGUUACCGCGAGAUCUUCCAACUUUGUCAUGAGUUAAAAACCAAAAAAUUUGACGCAUAUUUCGAUAACCAUGAGGGAGACUUUCAAAAGAGAUGGAACACAUGGAAGGAUGAGCAAUCAAUAUCAUCUAUCAACAAAGUUGAUAAUAAGGUUCAUCGUCUAAGAGUUUACUCUGUUGGGUGGGGUGCCACAGUAAUAACAGAUAAAACACAACUGUGGAACAUGGUGAAAAGAGAAAUAUUAUCUCAAAGGACGACUAGGAAUAUCCAAAAUGUUGCAGCAAGUAUUAGUAACCAUUCACACAAAUCUUUUAAAUUAAAGCAAGACAUCUCCAUUCUUCAGGUUUUUUAA